CUGCGUGAGAUGGAUUUAAGAAAGUUAUUCGCCGGCAGCAGGGAAGAAGCAGCGAGGAAUGAGAGAUGUGACAGGAGCGCCUCUCAGUCGCCAGAACAACACCGCGUUUCGGCCCGGCCACGAAGCCUGCUGAUGAUGUGUGACGAGGAGGUGAGAGAGCUGCCCCGAUCCUUUCUGGACAUGUCCCGGCAAGAGAGCAGGACUCUGAGCAGACUUCACUGCAGGAACGGAGGACACCACCUGAGGAUCUCGCCUGAUGGGAGUGUGGAUGGAGGCAGACAGGACAAUGACCCCUAUGACGUCCUGAGGCUGAAGGCAGUGAGCGCGGACGUGGUGGUGGUGAUGGGGGAGGACACGGGAAGAUACCUGGCCAUGAACACCAACGGAAGCCUCUAUGGAUCAGUCACCCUCAACGAUGAGUGUUACUUCCACGUGAAGUACGAGGAGAAUCAUUACAACACGUACUGCUCCAAGAAAUACAGCUGGUACGUGGGGCUGAAGCGGAACGGCAAACCCAAACCGGGACCCAAAGCUCUUUGGGGUCAGAAAGCCAUCUUGUUCCUGCCGUUGUCAGCGGACGCGCGCAACGACGUCAACGUUCCUUGAAAAAUACCUUCAGGACCAGCUAGGAAUUUAAAGGCCUACUGAAACACACUAUGACCGACCACGUAGUCUGAUAGUUUAUAUAUCAAUGAUGAAAUAUUAACAGUGCAACACAUGCCAACACGGCCUUUUUAGUUUACUAAAUUGCAAUUUUAAAUUUCGCACACAAGUAUCCUGCUGAAACGUCGCGGUAUGAUGACGCGUGCGCGUGACGUCACGCAUUGUAAAGGACAUUUUGCUCAAGCAUCGUUCCCAGCUAUAAGUCAUCUCUUUUCAUCGCAUAAUUCCACAGUAUCCUGGACACCUGUGUUGCUGAAUCUUUUGCAAUUUGUUCAAUGAAUAAUGGAGACAUCAAAGAAGAAAGCUGUAGGAGGGAAGCGGUGCAUUGCGGUCGCCUUUAGCAACACAAACGCAGCCGGUGUUUCAUUGUUUACAUUCCCGAAAGAUGACAGUGAAGCUUUACUAUGGAACAGAGCAGUCAAGCGAACACAGUUGGAUUGGACCACACACACAAAGUACAGUGUAUUAUGCAGCGAUCAUUUCGAAAGCUCGUGUUUCGAAGAGGGUCCUUUGCGAAGGGCAGAGUUGGGCAUCGCCACCACCCGUCGACUGGUGCUGAAGAAAGGUGCGGGGCCGACCUUCAGGUUGUACAGGUACGACCAUAUAAUCUCACUAAAAUACUAGUAACACAAUAAGCAGAAAAGGGAUUUUCCAGAAUUAUCCUAGUAAAUUUGUCUAAUAACAUCUGACUGUAUAGUCUUUUUUUUUUCUAGUCCUUCACUCUCACUUUCCUCAUCCACAAAUCUUUCAUCCUCGCUCAAAUUAAUGAGGAAAUUGUUGCUUUCUCGGUCGGAAUCGCUCUCGCUGCUGGUGGCCAUGAGUGUAAACAAUGUUCAGAUGUGAGGAGCUCCACAACCCGUGACGUCACGCGCAUAUUGUCUGCUACUUCCGGUACGGGCAAGGCUUUUUUAUCAGCACCAAAAGUUGCAAACUUUAUCAACGAUGUUCUCUACUAAAUCCUUUCAGCAAAAAUAUGGCAAUAUCGCGAAAUGAUCAAGUAUGACACAUAGAAUGGACCUGCUAUCCCCGUUUAAAUAAGAAAAUCUCAUUUCAGUAGGCCUUUAAAGUGUACACAUCCAACCAAAUCAUUUUCACCAUGCUUUGAAAAUGUGCUUUACUGUUGGAUUCCCCCCCCAAAAAAUAAUAAUGCGACAAUAACCGCAGAACCAGAAAUUUAACUGAAUCCGACAUGGGAUAGGGUCUGGUUGCUCACAAUGAGACACAAUAACACCUUGUUUUAACAAAGUGAAUAACGAGAUUAAUUAGCUUGAAGAUGUUUUAUUGUAUUUUAGUUUUAUUAUGCACUGCUUAACUUAACUUAAGGGAUGUAAUUUAAAACAAUGUCUGUACUGUACAGUUAAUUCAAGUUGUGUCAUGGCUAUAGUUUGAACUGUAACUGAUGAAUUCGCUUUAAAUUCAGAACGACUCGGAAUUCAACCACAGGGUCGCUGAGCAAAAUGUGUUUAGCCUUGGAAGUUCUACUGCUUUUGUAUAAAUUAACUAACCCACUCUAGAUUAUAAAAUAUUAUACAGUAGUAUUAUUUAUAUCACACAGUUAUGUCAAAAUAUACAUAUUUUAUUUAUACAUGUAGACAUACAUGUACACAGUGAUCGCUACAGAGGGCCAAAAAAUAAAGAAAUAUUUAGUGUUUCUUAAAUGUGUCAUUAAUUGUAAUUUAAUGCCUAAACGUGUUAUGUCAUUUAUUUAUUACAUUAUUUAGAUUAAUACAUUUCAAUUUUCUUAAAUGUGUCUAACUAAAAUUUAAUGCCGAAUAGUGUUUUAAAAUGUCAUUAAUUUCUAUAAAUUAUUCCAUUAUUUAAUUAGAUGAAUCAAUAUUUCACGUGUUUCUUAAAUGUGUCAUUAAUUAGAAUGUAAUGCCUGAAUGUGUUAUAAAUGUAAUUUAUUUAUUAGAAAUUAUUCAAUUAUUUAAUUAGAUAUAGUUAAUGACUUCAUGAUUUAAUUAUUUGUAAUUUAUUUAUUUAAUGAUUGAAAUAUAGGAACAGUCAAUUAUUCACCAAUGUAUUUAUUCAAUUGCACUCAUAAUGAAAUAGUGACACCUUUACACGUACAUAAUGAUUUAAAUAUUUACUAAUUUCAUUUUGUCUCAUUGGGGCCUCCAUAGUUUUCUGCAUACGGUUUCUUCUUCUGUAUUAUUUUUUUAUUACAACAGAGUAAAUCCACAAUAACAGUACCGAGAAUCUCUAAAAUAUAGUUUGUAUUUUUUGGGGGUUGUAUAGUUUAAAAGUGUACACAAAUCACGCCAAGAAUUCCUUAAAAAAGAACAAACUAUUUAUAAUAAAAGUGUUUAAUAUUGUGCCUUAAUGUAUAUACUAACACUAUGGUCAUGUUAUCACAUUUUUUAUGUAUUAACAAAAAGUGUACUGUGAUGUAUAUGUAUGUAUGUUUUUUGAUGAUUUUAUUUCCUGAUUUUAAUUUGAAUUAUGAUUUUUAACCUUUAUUUUUGCCUUCUUUUAAUUUUCUGUAAAUCACUUUGAAUUGCCUUGUGUACAAAUGCAUCCAUCCAUCCAUUUCCUACUGCUUAUUCCCUUUGGGGCGCUGGUGACUAUCUCCGCUACAAUCGGGAGGAAGGCGUCGUACACCCUGGACAAGUCGCCACCUCAUCACAGGGCCAAAACAAAUAGACGGACAACAUUCACACUCACAUUUGUCUACAAAUUGUGCUCUAUAAAUAAAAGUGUCUCGCUUUGCCUUGCCUAAAUAAAUGAAUGCAUUUUU